GGUUGAAAAUGCUAAGUAGGCAGGAAGAGUCCUUUACGGCACCGGCUUUUUUUGGUUUGUGGUAUCACUUAUCAAUCCAACUGCCAAGUCAAACGGGAGGAAUUCACCGGCUAUAGCCAAGAAAGGGCAGUGGACAUCUUCAAUACCAGUAGAAGGUAUCACUGAAGUGACUUUCGUGGCACAUUACAGCAAAAACUUGUUGAAAUUUACAGUAUAUUGACUAAGUUACAUUGUAACGCGGCUCAGCAUCCACCUCAUCACUUCUCAGCUGGCAGACGUAGCUAAAAUAGCUAACGUUAGCUAGCUAGCUAUUUUGCCGGUUGCUAGUACGCCAACCGAGUUAGCAGAUAAUUAAAGAAGUCAACCGUUAUGGGCCAAACCUGGAUAACGGUGGAAUGAGAUAGUUAGUUACAUUGCAAAGUUUACAUUUUAUUGUUUAGUCUGCACUACUUUUAGCAGUCCUUCUGAGCAAUUUAGUUAGAACGCACGUGACGUGGUGGCUAAAACAGACUUGUCCAUAUUUGGCAGCUUGCCAAGCUACCCCAAUUUACAUUACAUUUAGAUAUAGUAAAAUAUCGGCUAUCGAUUGUAAUAGUUUGAUAAUAUUGGUUCCAUCCGUAUGAUGCACAAGCAAGGGUCGUUCGUAUCCCCCUUGCUCAGCGGGGUCUUUUGUCAAUGCCAAGCAGAUGAGGCGCACCGGGGUUCUGACCCAGGUGGCGGGGUCGAGGAUACUGGGGGUCCAUCCUUCCCAUCCCCACCUCGGGCUUGGCCGUUGUCAGGGGUGAACACAGGUUCCUGUGAUGACUCCUGUGAACCAUCGUAUCUAUGCGAACUUUGUGGUGGACCCGAGCAGGACCACAGACUGAAAGUGCUGUUUCAAGUCCUGGACGUGAAUGGUGAUGGGGGCAUCUGCGUCAACGACCUGUCCAUUGGGCUCAAGAAACUGGGCGUUCAUCGCACAGAACUCGAGCUUAUGAAAAUAGUUAAAGCGGGAGAUAAGGACCUGGACGGCCAGUUGGACUUCGAAGAGUUUGUCCACUAUCUGAGAGACCACGAGAAGAAGCUCCGGCUGGUCUUCAAAAGCUUGGACACUAAGAACGAUGGUCGUAUUGACAAGCAGGAAAUCAUGCAGUCCCUUCGAGACCUGGGGGUUAACAUCUCCGAGCAGCAGGCAGAGAAGAUCCUCAAAAGAAUAAUGUACAUGGACAAGAAUGGCACGAUGACCAUCGACUGGAACGAGUGGAGAGACUACCACCUACUGCACCCGGCCGAUAACAUUCCCGAGAUCAUCCUGCACUGGAAACACUCAACGAUAUUCGAUGUGGGGGAGAGUUUGAUGGUGCCAGAUGAGUUUACAGCCGAGGAAAAGAAGACUGGGAUGUGGUGGCGACACUUAGUGGCUGGAGGGGCAGCCGGCGCCGUGUCUCGAACCUGCACCGCACCCCUGGACCGGCUCAAAGUGCUCAUGCAGGUCCACGCCUCCCGUACCAACAGCAUGUGCAUUGCCGGCGGCUUCACCCACAUGAUACGCGAGGGCGGUAUGUGGUCACUAUGGCGAGGCAAUGGCAUGAACGUCAUCAAGAUCGCCCCUGAGUCAGCCAUCAAGUUCAUGGCUUACGAGCAGAUCAAACGUUUGAUAGGCAGCAACCAGGAGACACUGGGUAUCCUGGAGAGGUUUGUGGCGGGAUCUCUGGCUGGAGCCAUCGCCCAGAGCAGCAUCUACCCCAUGGAGGUGUUGAAGACCCGCCUAGCCCUGAGGAAGACGGGACAGUUCUCUGGCAUCGCUGACUGCGCCAAACACAUCUUCCGGAAGGAGGGCAUGGCCGCCUUCUACAAGGGCUACAUUCCCAACUUGAUAGGCAUCAUCCCCUACGCUGGCAUCGACCUGGCUGUCUACGAGACUCUGAAGAACUCAUGGCUGCAGCGCUAUGCCACAGACAGUGCUGACCCGGGGGUGUUCGUGCUGUUAGCCUGCGGUACCACCUCCAGCACCUGUGGACAGCUGGCCAGCUACCCCCUGGCCCUGGUCAGGACCCGAAUGCAGGCUCAAGCCACCAUCGAGGGCGGUCCCCAGAUGACCAUGUCGGGGCUGUUCAAACACAUUGUGAAGACUGAGGGUGCAUUCGGGCUUUACCGAGGCCUGGCCCCAAACUUCAUGAAGGUCAUUCCAGCGGUCAGCAUCAGCUACGUGGUCUACGAGAACCUCAAGAUGAGUCUGGGGGUGGUGUCACGUUGAGGCCUGGGGGGAGAAGGAGGUGUCACCUCCCCUGAAGUCCAAAUUGUUCAUUUGUGUUUUGCCAAGCAACGGUGCGGGUGACUCGGAAUAAAGGGAGGAAUCUCAGCAGACAGAGCUGGGGUUGUUAGAGACAAUCUCAUUCUGUAAAUGUUAUGAAGACAGAUGGGGAGAAAUAUUACAACACUAAGGACAAAAAAAACGAUGGAGAGAUGGGAACGGACACUAUGACUGGAAGGGAGGUGGGGAUGGAGAUCCUCUCACGUAGCUGUAAUCUUAAAGUAUCAUUAUGUAAGGAGUUAUUUUGUUAUCAAUCCAGAGGCACAACACCAUGAGUCCACUGUUGGCUUUUUAUUAUCAAAUUGAAGACCCAGGUUAACUGAAAAGCAAUCUCUUCACUGGAACUCCAGUAUUCUCCAACUUGCUUGAAAUUUGUUAACGGAAAUGUAUUUACUGUUAUGUUCACUCAAUAGUACUAUCCUAUAGGUGGCAGUAUUAGUCAACCUAUCUGGCUUGUGAAAGACUACUUUUCUAAUUGUCAUCUAAAGUUGUCCUAUGUAAUAUGUAUCCGCCUUAAUGCAGCAUUCAUUAACACGUAAGAGGCUGCAACUAUUAGGGCAUUAGCUGUUAUUUGUCUGGAGGGAGCAAAACCUCAACUCACAAUUUUGAUUAAUCUGGUUAAUUCCAUAUUUUUCCGUUUUCUCAUUGUAUAGCUUGAUGAGAAUGUUAAACAACUGAUUUGAACAGAAAGGGCAAUGCAGGUUGGAUGCCCAUAGUGUAUUAUUGUCCACUUAGUCUUAAAAACGCUGGUAAGAAGUGUGUAUGUCUUGAUGCUAAUACAUUUUUUGUAUUGUAACCAGAUAUUUAAAUAAAUAUGGUCCAAGACAGGCAACGCUCAAAGAAUAGAUACUGUUAGCAGAUGUUUAGUUACGAUACUAUAACAUAUUCAGAAACUGUUCAAAUAUUGUUUUCCAAGAUACAAUGCAACACAUAAUGAUACCUACUGAUCAAGGUUUGAGACGUUACGCUGUCACUUCCUGUGUAACAUUUCAGACAGGAAGAUGGCGAUAUUGAGUCGUUUCUGGGGGAGGGGGGGAACAGGGAAAAUGUGCAUGUUUCAUUUUGAAAGACCAUUUUCCACCAUCAUGCUACAGUGGCUAAUUCUAGCCCCGGUCCACAGUAGCAUUUUGAAACUAUAGCGGUUUUUGAAUGCCCAUACUAACAUACUAUAUACUUAGUUAAUUUUAGUAUACGGUAAACAAAUGGUAUCGUUUCAGUUGAGCGUACUAGAGCAUCGCCUGUCUACCGGAAGUUGAUGCUGUUGCUAUGGAACCUUUUGCUAGCUUGUUAGCAUAACAAUCGGGUGUGUUUGUAAAUUCAAUCUGGAGUGAUAGUGCGCUCUGUGCGUUCGUAAAUCCAGAGUGUUGUCCCUUUUGUAAAUUCAUCAUAUUCUGUGCGAGAGUGCUCUGAAAUCGGAGUAGAUAAUGAUGUAAAUAAUCAUGUCACUAAAUGUUGGGUGGGUAGUUAGAUAGCUAAUAUGCUGUCUGGCAAGUUUGAUGUUUUAGUAACUAGUUAACAUACCUGUACAUACUGCUGUAAGCUAUAUGGUUCGUUAUUAGAAAAGUCAUUACAUUGCUCAACAUUUGUCAAAAUUAGUUAAAGCAAUUAAUUUGUAUCUGCUCUCGUCGUACUUUGGUUACAUAUUUUAUGCCAUUUUCUUUAAAUCUGAACAGUUGAAGCCACGCACAUUUUCUGAAUUGCAUUAUGGGCCCUAAAAGCAUCCACUGCAUGUAUACUUGGUAUUUUGGCGAACUUUUGGCAUAUUAUGACCAAUAAACAUACUAUAUACUCAAUUCAUGUCACAUAGUACAGUUAGUGCGGUUAGUAUCAGUAUUCGAACACAGCUCAGGGGUGAAAAGACAGACUGCUGCAACCCGAUACGCAACAACUAGCAUUAUUCACUGUAUCAUGGUGGUUGGAAAAUGGUGUUUCAUAAAGAUGCACAGACAUUUUCCCUGUUUUUUUCGGUCUUCUCUCCAUUCAAUCGAGUUAAGGAAGGAAUUGACUCCUUUGCAGCCUGAAUGGAGAAUGAUUUCUGUACAAUCCGGCCCACGGGGAUACGAGUAAAAAGACGGCUGCAUAGAUUUUCUUUGGACGGUAAAAUGAAAUUACUCAAUAUCAACAUCUGACAGUCUUUGAGCUAGUAUUUCUUGAGUUUGGGACUUGUUUGUUUUGAGUUUAGUCAGUUGUCACUAUUUAGCUAAAUGCUUUUUCUAGUUGGUGCAGCUCCACAAAAUAAGUACUAAUCUUUUGCACUUUUGCUUUAGAGCAAAUACCGGAGCCCGAAUCCAUAUAUUCUCUCCACAAGAGGAUGGAAAAGGCUGUGUCUGUAUUAUUGUACCCCACCUAAGGAUACCACUCCAUACUGCCUGAAGUGUAGCGCCUUAUUUCCUGCAUUGACGAGCAGGAAAUCAGACUACGCUUUUGUGAACUUGAAAUUCAUAUUGUCCCCCUAUAUCGCUGAAGGCUAAAAUGUAUAGUGUAGCUAUACACAAUACAAAACAUUAAGAACACAUUCUUUUUCCAUGAUGUAGACUGACCAGGUGAAUCCAGGUAAAAUGAUCCUUAUUGAUGUCACUUGUUUAAUCCACAUCAGUCGUUGAAGAUGAAAGGGGGCAGACAUGUUAAAUAAGGAUUUUUAAGCCUUGAGACAAUUGAGUUAUGGGUUGUGUAUGUGUGCCAUUCAGAGGGUAAAUUGGAAAGACAAAAGAUUUAAGUGCCUAUGAACGGGGUUUGUUAGCAGGUUUCAAGUGCACCAGUUUGUGUUUAGAACUCCAACGCUGCUGGGAUUUUCAUGCUCAACAGUUUCCUGUGUGUAUAAAGAAUGGUCCGCCACCCAAAGGACAUCCAGCCAACUCAAUAUUGGGAAGGUUUUCCUAAUGUUUGGUAUAUUCAGUAGUCUUUAGGUGGUCUCUUGAAUCAAAACAGCCCAUUCACUGUAUUGAAAUAUUUUGCAAAACAUAUCCAGACUAAAUCCUGAUUUACAGUGAGCUACAAAAGUAUUGGGACAGUGACAUGUUUUUCUUUUUUGGUUCUGUACUCCAGCACUUUGGAUUCCUAAUGAUACUAUGGGGUUAAAGUGCAGACUGUUAUCUUUAAUUUGAGGGUAUCUUUGUCCAUAUUGGGUGACCGUUUAGAAAUUACAGCACUUGUACAUAAUCCCUCCAUUUUAGGGAGUCGAAGGUUUAGUACAGUAUCUGGUCCCAUAUUCCUAGCACACAAUGAUUACAUCAAGCUUGUUACUCUACAAACUUGUUGGAUGCAUUUGCUGUUUGUUUUUGUUGUGUUUCAGAUUAUUUUGUGCCCAAUAGAAAUGAAUGGUAAAUAUUGUGUUAGGUCAUUUUGGAGUCACUUUUAUUGUAAAUAAGAAUAGAAUGUUCUAAACACCUCUACAUUAAUGUGAAUGCUACCAUGAUUACAGAUCAUCCUGAAUCGUGAAUGAGUGAGAAAGUUACACAAACAUCAUACCGCCCCCCCCAAAAAAUACUAACCUCCCCUCCCGUUAUUUUAAUGGUGAGGUGUUAACAUGUCUUAAGGGUAUGAUAUUUGUGUAACUUUCUCACUCAUCAUUAUUUACGAUACAUUCAGGACUAUCCGUAAUCAUGUAAAAGUGUUUAGAAAUAAUAAUAUAUUCUUAUUUACAAUAAGUGACUCAAGUCUCUAUACAUUAUUUACCGAAGUGCUGGAGUACAGAGCCAAAACAACAAAACAAUUUGUCACUGUCCCAAUACUUUGAGCUCAAUGCAUUUAGAAAAGUAUUGGAUGUAUACAACUAUGUAAAUGAACCAUUGUUGUCCUUUGUAGAAGAAUGCAUCUAUUGAAUGAAUGUAAAGCUAAAUGUAUUUAUGCUUAUAUGGGAACAACUGUUAAUAAAGUAACUCAAUAUUA